GCCCGACCGCCGGCCGGCUGCCCCCGGCCCCCGCCGCGCUCCGAAAUGCCCCUGCAGCAGGCAAAACGAAGGCUGGAGCUAGGAGAAAGCGGCCACCAGUAUCUUGCAGAAGGGCUAAAGACUCCAAAGGGGAAAGGAAGAGCUGCAACAAGAAGUCCAGAUAGUCCAAAAACUCCAAAAUCUCCUUCAGAAAAGACUCGGUAUGAUACAUCACUUGGCCUUCUUACAAAGAAGUUCAUUCAGUUGCUGAGCCAGUCUCCUGAUGGGGUCUUAGAUUUGAACAGAGCAGCAGAGGUCCUCAAGGUGCAAAAAAGGAGGAUUUACGAUAUCACCAACGUACUGGAAGGCAUCCAUCUCAUUAAGAAAAAAUCCAAAAACAACAUUCAGUGGAUGGGCUGCAGUCUGUCAGAGGAUGGUGGCAUGCUGGCACAUCGUCAGGGCCUCACAAAGGAGGUGACUGAACUGACUCAGGAAGAGAAGAAACUGGAUGAGCUAAUCCAAAGCUGCACCCUGGACCUCAAGCUGCUAACGGAGGACUCAGAAAAUCAGAGAUUAGCUUAUGUGACGUAUCAAGAUAUUCGAAAAAUUAGUGGCCUUAAAGACCAAACUGUUAUAGUUGUGAAAGCUCCUCCAGAAACAAGACUUGAAGUGCCUGACCCAGUGGAGCAGAGUGCAUUGAUACAUUUAUCUAGUACUCAAGGACCUAUUGAAGUUUAUCUGUGCCCAGAGGAAAAUGAUGCCCUCAGUCCAAUGAAAACCUAUAGUCAGGACCACAACGGAAAUAUUUCCAAAUCCAUUUCCAAAGAAGUGGCUUCUGCUAACUCAGGACAAGGUGACUGCUCAGUAAAUAUGGCAACAAUUUCUCCAUUGGCUUCUCCAGCCAACCUUUUACAGCAGACUGAGGACCAAAUUCCCUCAAACUUUGAAGGACCAUUUGUGAAUUUGCUGCCUCCUCUGCUUCAGGAAGAUUAUUUGCUGAGCCUUGGGGAUGAAGAAGGCAUCAGUGACCUCUUUGAUGCUUAUGAUUUAGAGAAGCUUCCUUCAUUGGUGGAUGAAUUUAUAUACAGCUGAUUGUCUUAAAUGCUGUCCAUAUCUAAACCAUGUUUUUAAUGGAAUCAAAAAACCUGCCAUCAUUUGGAAUUGUCCUCCACUUACCAUAAAAUAGCAUUAUUAAAUAAACUAGACUCUUGAACAGUGCUGAUAUUUUAAUUGAAUACUCCCUAAUAUGCUAUAGACAAGAAGUGAAGGCCUUUACAGCAAAGCCUUCUCCUUGACCCUGAGCUCCAGUGCCUUGCGAGUCAGCAGGUGCAAGCAGGUGACCAUAAAUGUUUUGUCUUCACACUCCCUCAGUCUCUGCUUACUGUGACAAGUGGGCUUAUGGAGAAGGGCUCAACGAACUGGUUUAGUCCUCAAUAACAAUUUUAUAAUAGUAUUUCAGGUCGUGCCUUCUGCAGAGAAUGCAUGUCUUUUGAGUGUCACAACAUGGAUUGUACAUGCAGUGGACGUAUAUAUGAAGUAAUGCAAAAGAGUGAAAUGGGAUUCUUCAGCUACUUGUGGGAAUGUUUAAAUUGCUGUCAUAAUGCUCAUUUUGAGCUGUGUAUAUGUCUCAUUAUGAGGUCAAAUACUUAUGUCCUUAAAAGCUUUUAAUAAAAAAAAAAAUACACUGUAAAUGUAGUGUAUAUUGCAAAUAUUGAAAAGUAUAAAGUUCUGCCACUUCUUGUAGUAAUCAGAGAUUUUUAAAAAUGCUUGUGCGUGUGUGUGUGUGUGUGAAAGUAGUUUUUGUUGGUUGUUUUUUUUUAAACUAGAACGAAGAUGCACAGUUCAAUUUUACUGCCCCCAGUGUGCAUUAGAACUGGUACAUGAAUUUUUGUGGUACUAAGUGGGGCUUCAUGUUAAGUGCCUACUAGAGAUGCACUGUGGGUUUUUCCCUCUAUGGAAAACACUUAUGCCAAGCUUUGUUUGUUCAAUAUAUAUCAUAUUUAUCUCAGUGGGUUAGCUUCCUCUGCUUACAGCUUUUUAUAAUUCUCUUCGCCAGCAAAAUGGAACUAAUUUUUUUCCAAAGUACAUAACUGUAAGUACCACAUCAACUGAAUUGCAUUUAUUUUUUGAAGAUCUUUGCUAGUAUAGUAUAGUACCAAUAUUUAUUUUUUGAAUGUCAGAGGAAUUCUAAGAAGUCUUAAAUAAUUUUUUUUUUCCUUGAGUGUAAAAUAUUUUGCCAUGUUCUGGGCUAAAUUAAUGUAAUGUUGAUUAGAUGAUGCCCAUAUAAUCCUUUUGUUUGCAUUACUGUUGUGCUUAUCUGACAUACUCAGAAAAUUAGUACUAUUUGUACUGUAGUAGAAUAUUAUGUAUGCAGGUUUUCUGGUACCGUUGAGUUGCUGCUAUGAAAGCUCACACAUGAAAAGGCAAGAAGUCACAGUACUAAUAAGAAAACUGUAUGACUGUGUGAGUUUUGGGAUAUAACAAAUGUAUAAAGGGCAACACAUAAAGAACUGUUAAACAGUGUUAAGUGUGUGUUUAUAUGUACAAAUGUUUGCAUAGAUCAUUCAGCAGUUGUAUUUAAUUUGAUAUAUGUUCUCAACUCACACCUUAGUUAUCUAGCAGUUUUGUACAAUAGAAUUAAUUUGUAAACACUGCCAGAAUAUUUUCUAGCUGGUUUGUAAUUUUUUAAGAGUUUUUUUAGAUGUGGAUCUGUAAAUAAAAUUGUAGUAUUUAAAGUUUUUGUCUUGUGGAAGAGGAGAGUAAAAGUUGUGUGAGCAUGAAGAUUUUGCGAGACAAAGGGGCACUUUUGCGAGGGAAGAGAAAAUGAAGACUAAUGCAGACCAUCUUUUUUUUUUUUUUUUGUACAAAUGAAAUACUAAUCUAAUUUAGCUUUGCAUUGUAUGCUAGUUUAAAAAAAAAACAAAACCACAAACCUGUAAAAUACUGUAAAAAAACAAAAAGAAAAAAACCCCAACAAAAAUAGCUUUUAUGGUGAGUUUUGUAAAUAGAUUUAUUAAAGGGUGACCUGUUCUCUAGCUGUGAUCUUACCACUUCAAAUGGAUGUAAUUUGAAUAAAUUUUGUAUGGUAAUGAAUCAAUAAAAAGGAAUUUUUUAAAGA